AUGGCACCCGCUCUCAUCAAGACGCUGCGAAGCGCACCUUCACUCAACCAGCACGCCCCUCGUGCUGCCGAGGCUUUCUCUACGCUCUCAAGCCACCUCUUGAAGGCCAGCAAAGUCCUCCUCACUCGAGACGACAAAGAUGACGACAAGAAGCAGGAUGAUAGGCAUAAGCCAUCUGUCGUGCCAGAUUCAGGCUCGUUCGACCCCCACAAUAUCAAUAACGCCGGUUUCUUCUUCCUCUUCGCCCUGAUCGGUGUCGUCUUUGUGUGCACUGGUAUCUGGUUCUUUUUCUGGGCCAAGAACGGUGGUUUCCAGUUUCAAGAGCACGAUUGGGAUGACUACAAAUCUACUGUCCUUCGACGCACUGGACCUAACGGCACGAUUCUCUCUAAUGCGACCCGACCAACAAACCUAGGCGGUGGCAGUGUGUACAAGGAUGUGGACGAUGAUAACACGACUGUCGUCACCGAGAGCACGACACUUACAGGCAUCACGGCAGGAGCAAGUGACAUUGGGGCACGCGAAAAGCGACGUCGCAAGCAGGAAAAGCGAGAGCGAGCGCGCGCAAAGGCCGGCAAGAAAUCCAACCGUCACGUUGGAGAUCUGGGUGUCGAAGACGAAGAUGCCGAACUUGCAGCCAAGAAGGAACUCCGCAACUACCGCCACGAAAGAGCCGCUCGCGUUGGAGGUCUAAACAAGGAGAGUGAAGGCUCUGAAUGGGACGGCUCUACCAACCACGGCACCGAAUCCAAUGUCUCGACAAACCUCCUCUCUGACCGCCAGACCACACCUACCACCACACCUACCAAGUCCAAGGCCGGCAUCCGCAAGGUCUACUCCACCGCCGACCGCCGUGAGAACCGUGAAGCCGAGCGCAUGCGUGCGGAGGCCCGUCGUCUACGUGAAGCUGGCCGAAACGCCCGCCGCGACUUUAGCUACCAGCGUGCCGAGAGCUACACCCGUGCCGACAGCCAGGUGAGCGAGAGUCUCCUUGACGGCUCACAGGUGACUCGUACCACGGACGAUAGUGGCGACCUGGGUACCAAGAGUUAUCACCACCCAAUGCCUGAGCUGAGGGAGCUGGAGAGGGAGCGGGCAAGGGAGGAGAGAAGGGCGCGAAGAGCGGCCAGAGGUUAUCAACGAGGGCGAGUGGAAGAGGAGUAA